AUGGCCGCAGCUCAGGUCACCGCCAUCCUCAGCCUCACGGCGCUGCUGCCCACGGCCGCCUUCCCCUGCGGAGCCCCACGCCCGGACAACACCACGGCAUCAAAGCUGCUGGGGACAUGGCUGUACGUGGCAGGGGCUGCCCAGUUCCCCCAGCACCUCCUGGAGAUGCUGCUCAUCGACCACGGUCACCUCUACGUGGAGCCCCGUGAGGAGAAGCUGCUCAUCACCCAGCACAUGGCCGUGGGGGACCAAUGUCUCACCAACAACUCCACCUACUUCGAAAGCGCCGCCGGUAACGCCACGCUGGUGAAGCACGCCAAGACGCAGCAAACUGUGGGGAUGGUGAUGAACCUCAGCUCUGAAGACGUUUUACUCAUCCAGUACAAACCACAGAGGGAAAGGACGUAUUUGGGACUAUAUCUCUACGCCCGAAACCUGAGCGUGAGCACGGCCCACCGGGAAGAGUUUGAGCACCACGCCAAGGGCCUGGGGCUGAGCGAAAAGGGGAUCAUCUAUGCGCCAUGGAAAACGGAGCUGUGUCAAGUGAAAGAAACCAAAAAAGGAAACAGCCCGUGCACGGAGCCCACAGCUACAGCCACGGCAUCGCCGCCUCUGGGUACCCCCCGGCCUGGGAACGCGGGUAACUAA